CCUUCCUUUUUGGCCUUUGUGCCAACUCAUAGGAUUCCGAUUUUAUACCGCGAUAGCUUCAAUUGAUAACAAAAUAGCUUAACUGUGACAGACAAGUCGCGCGUGUUCUUCUUCUUCAAAAACCUUCUUUUCCCAACAACAGAAAAUGGGAAAGAAGAAGGCAGCACUUCUAGAUUUGGACGAUCCAGACGCUGAGCCCGAGCAGUCUGGAGCGGCGGCCGAGCCCGCUCAGGACUCGCCCGCUAAGCCCAAGGCCGCGAAGGCUAAGAAGCAGCAAAAGGGCAAGAAGGGAGGCAAAGGCGGGUUUGCGGACGACGACGACGAUGAUAUCGACCCAAUUAAGGCCGCUCAGAAGGCCGCUGCGGACUCAGAUGAGGACAACGCGCCUGUGAGCAAGGCGAAGGGCAAGCCGGCGAAGGGCAAGGCGGCGAAGCCGGCUGCUUCGGCCUUUGCGCUGCUGGGUGAGGAUGGCGGGGACGACGAGGAGGACGAGGAGGAGGAGCCGGCCCCCAAGGCCAAGCCGAAGGCCGCUGCCAAGAAGGCGGGUGGCAAGAAGGCGGGAUUUGCGGCUCUGGAUGAGGACGAGGAGGAGGAGGAGGAGCCCGCAAAGCCCGCGAAGAAGGCUUCCGGCCUUGUGGUUGCGGAGGUGCUGAGCGUGAAGCCGCACCCCAAGGGUGAUCGGCUGCGGGUGGUGGAUGUGGACUGGGGCAGCGACAUGAGCGUGGUGGUCACCAACGCCCUGAACGUGGAGGAGGGCAUGAAGGUCAUCUUUGCGCCGGUGGGCGCCACCACCCCUGGCAGUGGCCUGAAGAUGGAGCGCAAGUCGCUCAAGGGCGUGGACAGCUUCGGCAUGCUGUGCAGCGCCUACGACUGCGGCUGGGUGGGCGAGCCGGAUGGCGUGCUGGUGGUGCUGCCGGACGAGGCGGAGGUGGGCGAGCCCUGCCCGCAGCAGCCGCCCAAGGGCCUCAAGUCGAAGCUGCCUGGUGCGGAGGAGGAGGCUGAGGAGGAGGAGGCACCUGCCGCCAAGCCCAAGGGCGGCAAGAAGGACAAGAAGGGCAAGAAGAAGGACAUGGACAGCCUCUUUGCGGCGCUGGAGGAGGACGCUGACGGCGCUGCUGCGCCGGCGGAGGAGGCCAAAGAGGAGGAGGCGGAGGAGGAGGAGCCGGCCGCGAAGCCCAAAAAGGGCGGCAAGAAGGACAAGAAGGGCAAGGACAUGGACAGCCUCUUCGCAGCUCUGGAGGAGGACGCUGCAGGUGCGGCUGAGGAGGAGGCCGAGGGCGAGGAGGAGGAGGCUCCUAAGAAGAAGGACAAGAAGGACAAAAAGAAGGGCAAGGACAUGGGCAGCCUGUUUGCGGCCCUGGAGGAGGACGCUGCUGCUGGCGCCACCGAGGAGGCAGCAGAGGAGGAGGAAGAGGCUCCUAAGAAGGAGAAGAAGAAGAGCAAGAAGAAAGACAUGAGCGACCUCUUCGCGGCCCUGGAGCAGGACGCCGAGGCCUCCACAGCCGCGGCCGCUGGGGAGGAGCAGGAGGCUCCUAAGAAGGACAAGAAGAAGAGCAAGAAGAAGGACAUGGGUGACCUCUUUGCGGCCCUGGAGCAGGACGCAGCUGCUGCCGAGCCCGCGCCCGCGCCCAAGGCUGCCGAGAAGGAGAAGGGCGGCAAGGGCAAGGGCGGCAAGGAGCCGGCCAAGAAGGCGGAGGACGAGGAGCUGGAUGCCCUGCUGGCGGAGCUGGACAAGCCCAAGGAGCAGCCCGCAGCGGGCGCCGGCAAGAAGGCCGCUAAGAAGAAGGGCAAGGGCGGCAAGGCUGACAAGGAGGAUGAGGACAUUGACGCCCUGCUGGCCAUGAUCGAUGGGCCCAAGCCGCCCGCGUCGGAGGCUGCGGCCGCGCCUGCCGCUGACGCCGCUCCCGCGGCCGCGGAGGCGCCCGCGGCGGCGGCGGCGCCUGCUGCGGCGGCGGCGCCUGCUGCGGCGGACGCCGAGGGUGAUGACGCUGAGGGCGACGACGGCGAGGAGGGCGGCGAGGGUGGCAAGGAGCUGAGCGCAGCGCAGAAGAAGAAGCUGAAGAAGAAGCAGAAGGAGAAGGAGAAGAAGGCGGCGGAGAAGGAGGGCGGCGCGCCGGCUGAGGGCGGCGAGGAAGGGGCCGAGGGCGAGGGCGGCAAGAAGGACAAGAAGGGCAAGCCGGUCAAGGAGAGCGCCAUCGCCAAGAAGCUGAGGGAGCAGCUGGAGGCGCGGAAGCGCGCCGAGGAGGAGGCCGCCCGUAUUGAGGCAGAGCGCCGCGCCAAGGAGGAGGAGGAGAUGCGGCGCAUUGAGGAGGAGGAGGCGCGCAAGGAGGAGGAGCGCCGCAUCAAGAAGGAGAAGGAGCGGGCCAAGCGCGAGCAGCUGAAGCGCGAGGGCAAGCUGCUGACCGGCAAGGCCAAGGAGGAGGCGGAGCGCCGCGCAGCCAUUGCGGCCCAGCUGCUGGCCAAGGCCGCGGAGAAGGGCAUUGACCUGGGCGCUCCCGGCGAGGCGGCGGACAAGAAGAAGAAGGUUGUGUACGCCAGUAAGAAGAAGCCGGGGCAGAAGAAGACGGGCCAGGAGGCCGGGCAGGAGGGCGGCGCAGACCGCGAGGCGUCGCUGGAGCUGCCUGCUGGCGAGGCCGCGGAGGCCGCAGCGGCGGCCGAGGAGCCCGCCAAGGCGGAGGUGGCGGCGGCGGCUGCGCCCGCGGCGGAGGCGGAAGCGCCUGCGGCGGAGGAGCCUGAGGCGGCGGCGGCCCUGGUGGAUGACUGGGAGGCGGUCGACGACUGGGACCAGCUGGACCCCGACCAAAUCCUGGCCGACAAGAAGAAGGCGGAGGAGGAGGCGGCCGCGAAGAAGAAGGCCGAGGAGGAGGCGGCCGCGGCGGCUAAGAAGAAGGCGGAGGAGGAGAAGGCGGCUGCGGCGAAGAAGAAGGCGGAGGAGGAGAAGGCGGCAGCGGCGAAGAAGAAGGCGGAGGAGGAGAAGGCCAAGGCGGCCGCCAAGGCGCAAGCCAAGGCCCCCGCAGCCAAGAAGGCCGCGGAGAGCGAGGACGAGGACGAGGACGACGAGAGCGGCUCCGAGUCUGGGUCAGAGUCUGGCUCCGAGUCGGGCAGCGAGAGCAAUGACGAGGACGAGAGCGACGACGAGGAUGAGAGCGAGGAGGAGAGCAGCGAGGAGGAGAGCAGCGAGGAGGAGAGCGAUGACGACGACAGCGAUGACGACAGCGACGAUGAGAGCGCGGACAGCGAGGAGGAGCGCCAAAUGCGCAUUGAGGAGGCCAGGGACAAGCGCCUGGCCCGCACGGCGGAGGCGCGCAAGAACGCCAACAAGGAGGAGCUGCGCUCGCCCAUCUGCUGUAUCCUGGGCCACGUGGAUGUGGGCAAGACCAAGAUCCUGGACAACAUCCGCCGCACCAACGUGCAGGACGGCGAGGCGGGCGGCAUCACGCAGCAGAUCGGCGCCACGUUCGUGCCGGCGGAUGCGGUCGAGAAGCGCACGGAGUCGCUGCGCGGCGGCCGCGCCUUCGACAUGAAGCUGCCGGGCCUGCUUGUCAUCGACACGCCCGGCCACGAGUCGUUCACGAACCUGCGCCAGCGCGGCAGCGGCCUGUGCGACAUGGCGGUUCUGAUUGUGGACCUGAUGCACGGCCUGGAGCAGCAGACCAUCGAGUCCAUCAACCUGCUCAAGAUGCGCAAGACGCCCUUCGUCAUCGCGCUUAACAAGGUGGACCGCCUGUACGGCUGGAAGUCAGUGCCGGACUCGCCGGUGCGCGACGCCUUCAAGCGCCAGAAGGAGUUUGUGAUGACGGAGUUCGAGCAGCGCAGCAGCCAGGUGUUCCUGCAGCUGAACGAGCAGGGCCUGAACGUGUCGCUGUACUGGAAGAACCCCGACCCGCGCAAGUUCGUGAACGUGGUGCCCACCUCCGCCAUCACCGGCGAGGGCAUCCCGGACCUGCUGCAACUCAUCGUGAAGCUGACUCAGACCAUGAUGGGCGACCGGCUCAUGUAUGUGGCCGACACGCAGUGCACGGUGCUGGAGGUGAAGACCAUGGAGGGCCUGGGCACCACGGUGGAUGUGGUGCUGGUGAACGGCAAGCUCAAGGAGGGGGACAAGAUCGUGGUGUGCGGACUGGGAGGGCCGUUGGUGACGCGCAUCAAAGCGCUAAAAACGCCGCAGGUGCUGCGCGAGCUGCGCAUCAAGGGCAGCCUGAUGGACCACAAGGAGAUCCGCGCCGCCAUGGGAGUCAAGAUCGUGGCGCCGGGGCUAGAGACGGCCGUGGCGGGAACCAGCCUGUUCGUGGUGCAGCCCGAGGACGACGAGGAGGAGCUCAAGGACGCGGUGAUGGAGGACAUGGCCGACAUCUUCUCCAAGGUCGACAAGGGCGGAGAGGGCGUGUGCGUGCAGGCCUCCACGCUGGGCUCCCUGGAGGCGCUGCUCACAUUCCUGUCCUCUGACGACGGCGGCAACAUCCCCGUGUCGGGCAUUAACAUCGGGCCGGUGCACAAGAAGGACGUGCUGCGAGCCAACGUGAUGAACGAGAAGAAGUGCCCCAAGUACGCCUGCAUCCUGGCGUUUGACGUGCCCGUGAACAAGGAGGCUCGCGAGCUGGCUGAGGACUACGGCGUCAAGAUCUUCACCGCCGACAUCAUCUACCACCUGUUCGACCAGUUCACCGCGUACGUCAAACAGAUCAGGAGCGCGGAGCAGGAGGCGGCGCGCUUCCGGGCCGUGUUCCCGGUGGUGAUGCGCAUCCUGCCCACCUGCGUGUUCAACAAGAAGGACCCCAUCGUGGUGGGAGUGGACAUCGUGGAGGGCAUCGCCAAGAUCGGCACGCCCGUGGCGGCCAUCACCGAGACCGGCGCCGUGGAGCUGGGCCGCAUCGCGGGCAUGGAGAUCAACCACAAGACGGUGGACAAGGCCCGCGCGGGUGAGAGUGUGGCCAUGAAGAUCGAGGGCGAGACCACGGAGGAGAAGGCGCGUCUGUACGGCCGCCACUUCGACCACAACCACCAGCUGGUGUCGGUGAUCAGCCGCGAGUCCAUUGACGCGCUCAAGGAGUACUUCAAGGACGAGAUGACCAAGGACGACUGGCGCGUGGUCAUCAAGCUCAAGAAGACCUUCAACGUCACCUAAGCAGGCAAAGCAGGACGCGUGUGUGCUGCUGGCGGCUGCAGCGACUGAGGCGGAGGCGGAGGCAGAGGCUGAGGGCCCGGGCUAGCUGCCUGGGGCCAGGUGCAGCAGGCGCGGCGAUAAUGCCGCGCCUGCAGGCUGUUAGGGUUGCGGCGGCGGGAUCAUGGAAGCGCGGCAUGUGCAGGUGUGUGGAGGGACGGCGGCUGCAGCUGCGGUCCGGGGCGCCGCGGAGGCGCCGUCGGUACGGAGCGGCAGAGCUGUGGCGUCGGCGGCUGUGUGUGGUUCAAGUUGCCGCGGAGCGGCCAUAUCUUGGCGCAUGCUGGACUUGCUGUGGCACGUGUGCGCGUUCGUGUCCUGCUUCGCGUGAGCCAGACCCGUUUGCCCACGAGCAUGGGGUAACAGAAACCAGGUAGAUCACGGAGGCGGUCGGUGCGGAUUAAGGAUGCUGGGGAGCGUGCGGCAGGCACUGGUGGCCACAGGUUAGGCCACGAGACAUCAGGGUCAGUGCCAUAGGAAGGGCAAGUCAAGCUACAGUCCAGUUGGCGGUCUGUGUGGAUGAGGGAGCAUAGACAACUUGAUAGGCGCCUGGGUUGGUAGUGCUGUGUGUGGGGAUUACGCACUGUGGGCUUGGGUGGCGCAGCCGGCAGCAUCACCGGGUGGGCAGGUACACGAGCUGCCAGCAACGGCGCAUGCGUGUGCAAGCGCCAGGCCGCGAAUUGGCUACAGUACAGUAUGUGCAGGAGCGAAAGGCAGGAUGCAAGGUCAAGGAGAAAUUGGUGUGUUGGCGCGUGUGGAUUGCCGAUAGGGGAAGGCUACGGGCUGGAUCAAGGUCCGGCACAUGGGUCCGGCUUUGGGUCUGCCGAGUGAUACUUAUGGCGGGCCCCCUUGGUUGGAACGGCAUGGCACGCUGCGACGGAGCCGAAUCAGGCCCGUAGACGUGCGCUGUUGAAGGACAAAGGACAAGCAAGCGAGCUAGCCUGCCUGGGUCCAUGUGUACAAUCAGUUUGCUGUCAGCAACCCUACAACCA